CCAGAUUAGGCGACGGAAGGUAACCUCGAAGAAGGAUUUCGCGUCGUCGACGUCGGAAGUUUUUCGCAUGGAGUAGUGAAACGAUCUCCAUCUAAUUUCAUCCGGAUUCUUAUUAAUCGUUUUAUCGAGAAUAAAUUAGGAAAAUGUUGGGAAGAAGCUGGAUAUUGUUACUACUAAUUUUGCCUUGGACGUUUCUACUCGGACGAGGAGGUCGCGGUGCGCCGGGUUUUGCUUUAGCGGACGACGUGGACGUGGCCGAAGGAGAAGACGAGGAGGAAAUUCAAGUGGAAAACGAACCGGAAACUACUCCCGAAACCGAAGAUUCUGUGAUAUCUACGGGUGAAGAAACAGAGGAAGAGGAGGAGGAAGCUCAGUUGAAGCCUUCGCCAGAUGCAGAUACAUUUUUUCUCUUCACCAAACCGUCUCGAGCAACGUUAGAACUUCCUGCUGGAAGAGAUGUUCAGUUUUUGGUGGGAUUUACAAAUAAAGGUGAAAAGGAAUUUGUUUUGGAGACGAUGGAUGCCUCUUUCAGAUAUUCGAUGGACUUCAGUUUCUACAUUCAAAAUGUUAGUAUAGAAUUUGUCUUAUUUUAUUAUUUUAGUUGCUAUACUACAUGGUUUUCAACCGGGGUGCCAUGCUGUCACUUGGCGGCAUUUCAAAACGAUGCUUACCAGUGCCGUAACACUUAUGUGUAUUACUAAAAGUACAAAGAGCACAACUCUUCAUUCAUAAAGAAGUAGAGGUGCUCCAUGUAAGAAAAAUUA